GGAGCGCCGGCCUCCACCUUCCUUCCUUCCUUCCCUCUUCGUAUCGCGCGCCAUUUUGACCCAUAGGCCCCUUCCUUUACUCCUUUCUACCACUCUGCCACCGACUCCUCCCUCCCCUUCCCCUUCCCCACCACCACCCUCUCGCCGCCGACGCCGCCGCCGGGGAUGGGGGGAACGCACUUCGCCGACGACGACCUCGCCCACGAGGCCACGGGCGACGGAGAUGUGGGCCGCCGCGACGUGGGCAAGAUGGAGCACGGGUGCGAGCAUUAUCGGCGGAGAUGCAAGAUCGUAGCGCCCUGCUGCAAGGAGGUGUUCCCCUGCCGCCAUUGCCACAACGACGCCACGGCUUUGGGUGAUCGGCAUAAUAUAUGUCGCCAGGAUGUUGAAAAAGUAGUGUGUGUACUCUGUGAUACUGAACAACCGGUGUCACAAGUGUGUGUAAGAUGUGGAGUCAAUAUGGGAGAAUACUUCUGUGAUGUAUGCAAGUUUUAUGAUGACGACACAGAGAAAGGGCAGUACCAUUGCCAUGAUUGCGGCAUAUGCAGGGUUGGCGGCAAGGAAAACUACUUCCACUGUGCAAAGUGUGGGUCAUGUUACGCUGUUGCAUUGCGUGAUAACCAUCAGUGUGUGGAGGAUUCAAUGAGACAGAACUGCCCAAUCUGUUAUGAGUAUCUAUUUGAUUCAUUAAAAGGAACAAGAGUUCUAAACUGUGGACACACGAUGCACAUGGACUGUUUCGCUGAGAUGGUGGACCAUAAUAAAUACACUUGUCCAAUAUGCUCUAAGACAGCUCUUGACAUGACAGUUCACUGGGGCAUGUUGGAUCAAGAGAUUGAAGCAACAAUUAUGCCUCCUGUAUAUCGUUACAAGGUUUGGGUUCUUUGCAAUGACUGCAACAAAGUCUCAGAAGUGGACUUCCACGUGAUUGGCCAUAAGUGCAGCCAUUGCAACUCAUACAACACUAGAUCGACGUCGCGGCCUGCAGAUUUAUCAGGAAGCAGUUCUCCGUCGACAACAGACUCAUCUUAAGACAACCUCCUGUAGAGAAUACAUCAUACUGGUGUAUCACCUGGUCUGUGCAACCAAUGCCAGAACCAUACACAUAGAAGAAGCAUUGUUUCGCGGCAUUGCCCGUCUAGUGUCAGCCCCAUCCCUGGGCCUUUGCCGCUUUACCAUUCUACCAAGAUUCAAUUCAUCUCUUGAAUCGUCAGCUACUAGUGUAUUGCUGCGAACAGCGUUGCUUGAUUACUUGGAAGUCUGUCUUAAAUCUGUAAUACAGCACCAUUACUCUGUACCACCGUGGAUGAAGCCCAGCAUAUGCUAUAUUCCCCAGGAGUUGAAUUCUGAGCUGCUGUAAUCCAUGGGAAUUGUGUGUACGCUGCUGUUGUCAGGUCCCUGAUUGUGUUAUUCUCACAAUUUGAGAGAAGUUUAUUAGAUUUUUACACCAAACCUUUUGA